AUGUAUAUAUAUAUAUAUAUAUAUAUUCCAACUAGUAUGGACUCUCCAGUUAGCGGAGGCGCCGUAGGUCGGUUAGAUUCUCCUCAAGCCUCAGCAGAGAUCGAUGGAGAUGAAAACGAAGUUGUAUGCAUCGAUACUCCGACGCGACCGCAAUGUGAUUUAGUUAGUUUACUGCACGAAGUAACUCCGUUGCCAUUGCAAAUAAUGAACGAAGAAAUUAAAUAUGCAUUCGAUGAAAUAUUUCUUUUGGUUGAUGAAGAGGAUUGCGGUACAGAUAUAUCCCAACACGUUCGAGAGUUAUUAGUCGAAUAUCAGCAUGGCAAUCCGGAUUCAUCGACGAAGUUUGCGCCAGAUUCCGGCAAUCCUAAGACAAUUGAAACGGACAUAGAGAAAUACGAGAAAGGUAUUCCUAAGCACGGUGACGAGAUGUUCCACAAUUUUGUUUGCAGAAUACAGAGAAAUCCUGGACAGCUGCUACGUUAUUCAAGAGACAAUUCUGCACCAUUACUAUUAUAUCCGCUGAGCGGUUGCAUCGGUAAAUGUCGAAAUUGCGGUGAUGAAAUGAUUUUUGAGUUGCAAGUUUUACCGACGAUCAUACCGAAGUUGUUAUUAAAUCCACGCAGCGAACGGAAUUUCCAGAUUGAAUUCGGUACCGUUUUAAUAUAUACUUGUAUUAGAAGCUGUUGGUCCGCGACUGAUCUAUAUCGGGAAGAGCAUGUUAUUGUUCAAGCGGAAAGACUAUAGUUGUAAGAUACUAAAUAAGGUAAUUAUGAAUGCAAAGUCUCCCUCCCCUAAGGUUCUUCCAAUGAUCCUACAUAGAGUUUCAUAUUUAUGCAUUUAAGACUAGUCAUGUUACAUCUGUAGAAAAAAUACCGUCCACCUCUUCAUGUAUUUGUCAGAAGUUCUAAGUAGCGAAUGAUGGUUGAUAUAGUGAAAACAUUACGAGUAUAUUUCAAACUAUAUUAAGCAAUAUGUGAUUCAUGAUUAAAAAGUUUUUUAGGGAUGUCCGAUAGAAGUCUGAUUAGAAAUAUUUAAUUUACUUUUUCUGCAACACCACACACAUACAUACACACAUAUACACCAAAAAUUGAUCUUAAUAUAUAAGAUAUAACUGUAAAAUUGGAUAAAUACAGAAACAUUGGUGGAACAUGAUGUAUAUUCUUUGUUUUUAGAAAAAAUUAGAUACACUAUACAUAUAUAUAUAUAUUGUUACAGAAUGUAACUUAAUUUUAUAAAAUAGAAGAUAUAGU